GCCGUCUGAGCAUGCUCCCGCGGGACUCCGCCGGCUAUAUAACGGGGCCGGGGUGCCGCCGGCAGCGGCUCUGCUGAGGCAGCGGGGGAGCUCCGCUCUACACCGCGCUCCGCUCCUCACCGUGCUGCGCCCCUCACCGUGCUGCGCCUCUCUGCACCGCUCCGCGCCGCUCGGUACCGCGCUCCGCUCCGCACAGCACUCCGCUCGCACCGAGGUCUCUCCGGACAGCAGCGGUCCGCACUGCUCCGCACGGUACCGCAGCACCCCGCGGGGCCCGUCCCUGCCCCGCCGCCGCUGCCCGCCGGAGCCUCGGCGCCCGGCACGGCCGAGGCAGCGCGCCCCGCUCCGCCGGCCCCGGCCCCCGCGGCGGGCUCUCCCGCGGGCGGCAGGAUGGCCGCGAAGCCGGCCGAGCUGAUGGGCAUCUGCUCCAGCUACCAGGCAGUGAUGCCGCACUUCGUCUGCGUGUCCGAGGAGUUCCCGCCGCCCGCCCGCCCCGCCAAGACCCCCAAGGGCAAGCUGCGGCGGCCGCGGCAGUCGCGCUUCAAGACGCAGCCGGUGACUUUCGACGAGAUCCAGGAGGUGGAGGAGGAGGGGGUGUCCCCCAUGGAGGAAGAGAAGGCCAAGAAGUCCUUCCUGCAGUCGCUGGAGUGCCUGCGGCGGAGCACCCAGAACCUCUGCCUGCAGCGGGACCGCCUGGGCAGCUGCCGCCUCCGCAACAGCCUCGACUCCAGCGACUCGGACUCGGCCCUCUGAGUGUGGCGGGGCUCGGCGGAACCCGGUCCGGCAGCGGCGGCACGGACUGAGCUGCAGGGAGCCGCGCCGCCGCCGGCACAGGAGCGCCUGGACGGGCAGCCGGGUCGGGAUGUUUUCUAAGAAAGCGCUUGUACCUUCGUUUCUAUUUGAUUGUAUGAAACUCACCAUUUAAAAGACAAAAAAAAAAAAAAAAAAAAAUUUUUUUCUAUUCGUUAGAAGAAAUGAGCUGUUUUAGAUGCAUUGAGCUGCUGGACUUUAUAUUUAUUUUUGCAUUUAAACUGUUGACUGCAUUAAUUUAAUAUCUUUCUACCUGAAUGUCUGUUAUUAUUUCCAUAUAAGAGUAAUAAAUCUGAUAUAUUUGCACAGUA